AUGUCUGGGCGUUACGAGAGGGUAAAUGCCCACGAUGAUGAGGACCACGAGGAUGUUCCGCAGCGACGAGCCCAGGUCCCCAAUUCGCCACCUCCGUCCUUCCAUUCCCGCGCCUCAUCGCCAACACGAAAUGGCCGAGUCAACAACGACCUCGCCGAUGCAUUUGACGACGAUGAUGCGAGCGACGAUGAAACAGACGAUAGAGCGAGAUUAGUCCGACAGGACUCUACACCAACCAUUAGAUCAACCAACGACUCUGCGCGACUCUCUGCACCGACGGCACCAACUUCAGUUCCGGCCACAUCGGAUACGGCUUCAUCUGGUUCACGGCCCCGAGUGAUGGGAGGCGGAUUUGGAUCCGAUGGCGUGUUUGCGAAUAUGUCAGCCCGGCCGGAGCGGACGGACGGCACUGCCGAGAAAGAAGAGCAACCACCUACUUACGAACAAGCCGCUGCUGACGCUGCUCCGCCGUACUGGGAAACAACGAUUCUUGCCCCUGGCUACGGUGGCGGUGAUGAAGUUUACGUCGACGGCAUGCCCGUUGGCUCCGUAUUUUCUUUCAUCUGGAACGGCAUGAUCUCUACCUCAUUCCAGCUCGUCGGUUUCCUGCUCACCUACCUCCUCCACUCCACCCACGCCGCCAAAAACGGAUCGCGAGCCGGCCUUGGUAUCACCCUUAUCCAAUAUGGCUUCUACAUGAAGGGAUCACCCGACGACCCGCCAAAGAUGACUGGUCCCGACGGAUACGCUGCGCCCCCAGAUCCCAAUUCGCACGACUUCCAGGCCAGUGAUGUAACUGACGGUCCCGGCGGCGGAAUCUCUGGCAGUGACUGGAUGGCAUAUGUCCUGAUGGUCGUGGGCUGGUUCAUCCUCAUCAAGAGCGUAGCUCAGUUCAUGAGAGCCCGACGACACGAACAACUUGUCCUGCAGAGCCCCGAGCGUGGACUUAACGUCCCUAUUAUUGCCGAGGGCGAGAGCGUGGAGCACGUGGUAUAG